AUGUGCAGCUAUAAUGGUAAGAUUCAACCUAGGCCUCACGAUAACCAGUUCGCUUAUGUCGGCGGCGAAACCAAAAUCCUAGCCGUCGAUCGCAGCAUCAAGUUCAACGCUAUCAAGUCUAAGCUUUCUACGAUUUGCAACGACGCUGAUCUUUGCUUCAAGUACCAACUCCCUGGCGAAGAUCUCGACGCUUUGAUUUCUGUGACGAAUGAUGAGGAUCUCGAGCACAUGAUGUUGGAGUACGAUCGGCUGCUUCGCGGUUCGGCUAAGCCUACUAGGCUCAAGUUGUUUCUGUUUACGGUGAAUUCUGCGCAACGAUCGGCUGCUCAGGAGAUUGUUAUGGUCUCUGUAGAUAUGAAGACAAAUGAAGAUAAACGGCCAAAAAGAACUCGUUCUGCUGAAAUACACAAUCUUUCUGAGAGGAGGCGUAGGGACUGGAUCAAGGGGAAGAUCAGAGCUUUGCAGGAACUGGUUCCUAACUUGAUGAAGAAUUCAGAAAAUGAAGAUAGCUGGGAAUUGGAUGCACAAACUAAUAUGACGUCUACUGGGGGAGGAGCUCUGUGCCAGGUACCAUAUAUGCAAUUAACUGGAAUCCAAAGCACACAAAUUCCCCAAUUUCUACCAGUUAUGCAAAUGCAACCAAUGCCGGGAUUUGGCAUGGGAAUGAUGAGCAUGUCAUACUCAACAAGCCUUAACAUGAUGCCAGUUCCUGCACCUUUUUAUCCAUUAUCCUCAGCAACAGCAGGAAUGCAUUUGAUUCCUGGAUCAGGAGUUCUUCCAGUCCCUCAAAUGCAAGUGCCUCUCAUUGCCUCACAGGCACCGCCUGCAAACACUGCUACAUCUACUGUGCCUCCACAAUUUAAUACAGAAGUAAAUUGUACCUCCCAAAAUGUACCAAGAAUAGCUACUGAAUCUCAACAAUUGCCAAUUUUACGCCAGGUUCAUUUCAACCUUUAA